UUUCGAGUAUUGCUAUGGUAACCACAUCAGACGCUUGGUUAAGCAUAGGAUAUGUGAGACAGGGUGAAGUAGAUUACUAAAUGAUAAAAGUUUAAAAGGGCUCUAAAACGGAUACAAAAAUGUCCCAAAGCCACGCAGGCCGUGUAGUGGAUAACCUAAUCGAGGAUGAAGCUGAGAGAGAUAGUCUUCUUGCAAAGCCAACUUGCUUCAUCAUAAUUGGAGGACCGGGUGUUGGCAAAUCCACCUUGGCCAAAAAACUUGCAGAGUCCUGGAAGUGUAUCCUAAUCGAUGAUACAGAUCUGCUCAACACACACAUUACCAACAAAACAGAGCAAGGCAUAGAGCUUUUGAGAAUCUUAUGUGAGGGUAAAAGUAUUCCAGAAGACCUGGUGCUCCAGCUGAUUCUUGCCAGGCUGAACUCACCAGAUGUGGAGCACUAUGGAUAUGUACUCAGCUGCUUGCCGUUUAUGUCAGAAGAGCAUCUGAGGAUGUCUGAGCAGAUUCAGCUCAUCAAAAAUCUCAAACUAUCACCUGACUUCAUCAUCAAUAUAAAGUGUCCAGAUAAGGACCUGGUUGAUAGGUUGUCGAGCAUGAAGCAGCAUCCAGAGACGGGACAGCUGUACAACAGGGAUCAGUGGAAGCGUGAGGAGAUCUUUACCAAGAAGACGGAGAGCAAUGAUGAGGAAGAAGAGGAGGAGGAGCAGAAUGGGGAAGAGGAACUCCAAAAGACUGUUAUUGCCCAGGUGGUAUGGACACCAGAGAAUUUGCCUAAAAAUGCUUUUCCUCGCAUCAAGAUGUACAGAGACACAAUGCUCAGACCACUGGAGGACUACAUGAAAAGCCAUAACCCCCUCUACCUGUUGGAGCUUGAUGGAAACAUGGCACCUGAAGAGCUGCACUCGUGUGUGGCGUCUCGUCUUGGAUCCAUGGCAAUCAAGCGCGUCUCUGUUCCAGUUCCCCUGCACCAGAGUGAUGAAGAGGAAUUGCCAGAGCACAUUGACACGGGGGACUUGCUAAGACUAAUGUCGUCCUCCAGAGUGGUGGCUCCUGGCUUUAGAUGGAGAAGGAGCCGCUGGGGCCAAACCUGCCCUGUUGCUCUGAAGGAAGGCAAAGUCAUUCCUGGCAGUCCCAAAUUCUGUGUAGGCUUCCAGGACAAAUUUUACAUCCUCUCAUCCCAGGAGGCAUACCAGAAGUUUGUCACAAACCCUGUACGGUACCUACUCCCUCCAAUGCCUAGGCCUCCUUGCAGAGUUUCCAUCAUUGGACCUCCACAGGCAGGAAAGAGCACUUUGUGUAAACUUCUGGCUCAGCACUUUAAUGCACUGGUGCUUGAUUUGGAGGAACUGGUACAGCCGGUUCUGGAAAAGGCUGAGCAGGAAAGGCUUGGGAAAAUCAAGGAGGAGACAACAAAGGUUGCUUUGGAGAAAAUCAAGAUGAAGAUGCAGCAGGAUGGACAAGAUUCUGUGACAGAGGAUCAUCCAGAGGUCAAAGCCAUGGUGCUUUCUGCUCUAGAAGAAGCCAAACAAAUGAGCACAAUACCCACUAGCCUGUAUGCUAAUGUACUGGAGAAUCGUAUAAAAGAGAUUGAGGAGGCUGACACUAAUGAAGACGUCAGGACUGGCUGGGUGCUGGACAACUUUCCUCAGAACUAUUCCCAAAUGAACGGACUGCAGAAUGCCAAACUCCUGCCUGACACCUUCUUCUGCCUCAGUGACAGCGAUGGAAAUCAAAUUCUGAGGAGAUUAUAUGAGAAGAAUAAGGACAGCGUUGAUGAAGCAGUAUUGAAGAGGUUGCAGGACACACAAACUGGGAAGGAGAAAAAAGCCAUAAACCAGAAGGAGCAGGAAUCAGAUGCCGAAGCAAAUCUUGAGACAGUUGUUGAAGAGAGGGAAGAAAAUCCUGUACCAUCUGAAAGUACAAGUCCUGCGCUUCCAGACGUGAAUGAAAAUGAAGCUGUGACACUACCUGACCAUUGGGAGUCGGGUUAUCCAGACGGCCCGGAAAUGAAUGAGUACAAACUCCAGCUGAAACAGUUUGUGACCACAUGGGAGCAAAUGAAGUCCACUUUGACCAUGGCACACUCAGUGCUGGAGAUUGAGAAGAAAAGCCCAGAGGAUCUGCUUCAAGAGAUGGUCCUACAGAUGGAGAAAGCCUUUCAGUAUGAGUCUUGGGAGCUGUCAGGGCUGGAUCUCGAUGAAGAGGCAGAGGAUCUGGAUGCCUUAGCAGAGCUUGGAAGAACCGAGGAAGGCAGCAGUGAAAACUUUGCAGCAGAGGAGGAAGAUGAAGGGCUCACAUCAGCCAAGAGAUUGUUGGGUGACACGCAGCAUUACUGCCCUGUGGCCCUGAAAAACCAUAAUGUAUUGUGGCCCUGCAAGGAUGAAACUGCAGCCAAGUACCGAGACAAAAUCUUCUACUUCUCUGACCUAGAAGCAAUGGACUCCUUCCUUCAAAACCCUGCAGAAUUUGUUGCACGGACUGAGCCCCUCAAGCCCCCUGCACUGAGGAUACUUUUGCUCGGCAUCCGAGGGUCAGGCAAGACCACUCAGGGUGACUGGCUGGCCAAGCAGCUUGGUAUCUUCCAUAUUCAGUUCAGGGAGCAACUCCAAAUGCUCAUCAUGGCCAAGACAAAGAAAAGAAUACCUUACUCUGAUGAGGGGGAGUCUUCAGACCAGUCUGCUGAGGAUUUGGAGGCUCUGAUAAAGGAGGCCAGGGGGGAGGAUGAGGAGACAGAGAUGGAGGACAUCUCUGCCAGCACAAAUAACAUGGAGCAGGAAGAAGCCCUGACUGAUGAGGAAGAGGCCAUCAAAGCUUACCUGUCUGAUGGAGAACCUCUGCCUCCAGAGAUCCUGGAUAAUGUUAUUAAGCCAUUCUGGAAACAGGAGCCGUACAUGUCUACAGGUUUUAUUUUGGAGGGCUUCCCUCACAUUCCUGAGGAUGUGCAGUAUAUGCUGCAGCAGCAUCUUUUGCCUGACGUUAUGGUAACCCUGGCACUCGAUGUCUCAGACGUCCAAAAGCGUCUGCUGCCGAUGUACCUGGAAAAAUGGCGUGAGUGUCGCAGUCGGCAUGAAGCACAGCUGAACAUCCUUCGUGAGCUCCGUGCAAAGAGUCGAGAGGAAAAGAUCGCUCACAGGAGAGCUGAGCUCAUGGCAGAGGAAAAAACAAAGUCCAGACAUCAAAGCAAUGAGGAAGACGGUGAGGAGGAUGAAGCUGUGAACAACAUGGAGGAUGAGAUAGAGGCCACACUGGAGGAGGAGUUUCCUCCAGAAGAGGAUAACGAAAGCAUGAAGAAUAUGGAGACUGAGGAAGCGGCAUCUGAGGAGCUGGAGAUGAAAAUAGAAGAGCGGUUUGUGAUGGAUGAAAAUGGCCUUAUAACUGUGACGGAACUCCUGAGUGAGCAUAACAUUCCAAGAGUGUCUGUAGGAGCAUCUCGCAAAAUCCGUAUUGUGCAGAAUCAACUGCUCCAGAAAAUCCAGCCUCUGCUGACCAACAGGGAGUCACUCUUCAAACAAUGUCAACCCAUCUCACACAGCCUUGCAGAAAAGCUGCUGCUGUCCUCCUACAAGCUCCACAGCUCAUUCGGCCUUGGGGACCCUGUCUCGCAAUUUAAAGAGCCAGAUUUGAUCCAGCCUCUGCAGUGGCCGCUUAAUGCGACACAUCCACUAAUUUUCCAUCAGUUUAUCUACUUCUUUGCGACCAAGGAAAACCGCAAUACAUUCAUGCAGAAUCCUUUGAAAUACCUCAAGCAGCCAAAGUCCCUCCCAUCUCUUCCUCUCAAAAUAGCUGUUCUUGGACCACCAAAAUCUGGGAAAACCACUGUGGCACUGAUGUUUAGUAAGAAAUAUGGCUUGGCCCGGCUGUCCAUUGGUAGUGUGGUGCGGAUGGUUCUAAGCACGCAGGAGUACACUGAUCUGGCUGUCCAGAUCAAAAAAAAUCUAUCUCAGGGACUUGUUGUGCCUGAUGAACUUGCCAUUCAGUGUCUAGAGGUGGCACUCAUGAGCUCAGUCUGCAGCACCAGAGGGUAUGUGUUAGAUGACUUUCCAAAGACUCUAAAGCAGGCAGAGCUGAUGAGGUCCAAGAACAUCAUUCCCAUGAUAGUAGUUGAGCUUGAGCUGGACACAGUACUAAAAAGAGGCCUGCUGGACAAGAUGAAGGCCAACAAGCCUCAUCUGAUGCACGACAGCUCUGAGAUUCUCAGCAUUCGGAACUCCUGUUACAAGCAGGAAAUGGAGCAUGUGAGGCAACACUUCCAGAAACAGUAUCAAAAUUUGAUCCGGCUGGAUGGUGAAAAGAGCCAAUGGUGGAUCUGGAACAGCAUUUUGAAGGAGAUCAGCAUCAGCAUGAAAUGCUUCCAUAACUUCCUAGAGCGGGUGCAAAGCGGCCAAGCAGCCUGCAUCAACAGACUUUGCAUCACACCGCAGGAGCUGCAGAACCGACUUGGAGAGUUCAGCCAGUACUGCACAGUCUGCCUGGCACUACAUUAUCACCUGGUGGACUGCUCAGAAACUACAGCCUUAACUUAUGCAGCUCAGUACAGGAAACACUAUUACAAGAUGUGUGGUGAACAACAUCUACAGCUGUUCCUUGCCAGUCCACAUCAGUUUGUGGUCCCUGGCUGCCCACACACCCUCCCACAGCCCCACCUGCUUCCACGGAAGCUGACAGAGACUCUGGUGAAGGAGAAGUUCCCACAGCAAGUUGAGAUGAAGGGCUUCUGCCCGGUCACUUAUCUGAAUGGAAGGCAAAGGUAUGAAGCGCUGGUUCGGGGUAAGAUGGAAUAUGCGGUGGAAUACAGAGAACGGAUCUACAUUUUUGAAACAAAGCAGAAACAGGACCAGUUUUUGAGAACUCCUGAAACCUACUGGGACCAGAAGCUGCCCAGUAAAGUUCCUCCUCUUUGUGAGCCUGUGCCCCUCACCUCCCUUCCCACAUUGGGCUACUUGGAACAGGGUGUAGCGGUUGCAGUUGUCAAGGCCAUGACAGCUGCUGGGUGCCUCAAACCAAAGUAUCCUUUCCUCAGUAUACAAAGAUCAACCCUUCAAUAUAUGGCCUUCUACUUGAAAGCUUUCAACCACAAGAGCACAGACUACUCCCGCAAGAAGUACAAGAAGAAACUGGCUUUGUUUGAAGAGAACUGUGAGCUCAUCCCCUACCUGAGCUCAACAAUGAGAGGAAACUACAGGCCCCCCAGUGAACGUCCCAUCGACUUUGAGUUCAAACUCAGUCGGUUCCUGGCCUUGGGAGACUUGCCAGGUGCCAACUGUGUGCUGUAGCUGUUUUGAAACUUGACCAUUGGUAUUUUGAGUGAAGGAAAAAGUAACCCUUUGUAAGAGUUUAUUUAAUCAAGAGUUGCAUGUGCUCUAAUAAAGGAUGUUUAUUCUUG